CACCGCGCGUUACUGUGCCGUGGAAGUACGCUCUCUUAUCCUCUCAAUCUUGGCCGCUCCUUCGUCGCCAUUCCCCUACCCAAAAAUCCGAUGUCCCUCUUCAUCUCUAAGAUGGCCGGGAGCGGUCUGUUCACCGCCCAGCACCACCACCUCCCCAGCCCCCCACCCUGCUUCUCCUUCUCCUGCCCCUCGUCGAGCCCCCUCUCCUUCCCUUCUCCUCAAAGAAGUACCCACGUCGCGCGCGCGAGGAAGGGCCUCUCAUCCCGCACCCGCCGGCUCGAGAACCGAGGUAAGAAGGGCGCCGCCACCACCACCACCACCAAGGAGGAGGCGGCGGAGGGGGUGGCCGCCCGAGAGGAGGCUUCUUCUUCUGCUUCUCUGGAAGUCGGCGGAGGAGGGCCGGAGGGGUUCGCCGCGCCUUCGCUGCCGAUGCCGGAGCUGCCGGGGGAGGAGCCGGACUUCUGGGAGGGGCCGCAGUGGAACGCCUUCGGCUUCUUCAUCAAGUACCAAUGGGCCUUCGGCGUCCUCUUUGCGCUGAUUGCUUGCGGGAUUGCUGUUGCAACAUACAAUGAGGGGGCGACAGAUUUCAGGCAAACUCCUGUCUAUAAAGAGUCAGUUCAGUCGCAAGAGCUCUUAGAGGAGCCAGAGGCAUCGAACUCUGAUGUGUUUGAAGGCAAUCCAACUGAGGUAGCCCCAAGUUUGGAGUAACAGUGGAUAUGAUCACAUAGGAUUAUGAACUCCAUGCUGCGACUAGAACUCCAUGAAGCUUUUUGAUGUUGUUUAUAUACUGUAUAUUUGCAUACCAUAUAAUUCUCCUUUGUUCGGUGGGUUUGUAAUUUUUAAUUAUGCAAUGUGAACGUAGCGAAUGAGUUCUUAAAAUGCCCCAUUAAAUGCUAUUUUAUAUUUUCUCCGUGGGUCAGAAUAA